AUUUUCAGCUUCUAACGCCUGAUUUAAGUUUGGACGAAGCGCCAAUAUUGCGUAAUUAUCCAACGAUGUCGACAAUUGAAAGAUAUUGGCUACUUUACUUUACGAUCAGAAUAACAUGUGAAGUUAUGGUCGACCUAGUGUGUUUCCUGAGUCAUUGGAGUGACUAGGGACGAGUUUCCUUUUAAGUUACAUAACCAGUAUGUGAUCUAAGUGCUGAUUAAAAACGUAUAGUGACCGUAUAUGCGAUAAAUGAGUAACUUAAAGUACUUACUUACAUUGGUGAACGUUUAAGUUUGGAUAAAGAAGAGCGCUUCCAAGGAGCUAGUUAGCUUUGCGCCAAAUUCAGAUGCCCUCUUGGAGGGUUUUUUUUUCCUUGGGUUAUUUUUAACAUCUCCAGAUUUUUACCACCAACUGAUAUUGUUUGUACUGUUAUGUAGGUUCCCCCCCCCCCAAAAAAAAUGGAAGUAGAAUGUCUUGCACUCAAGGAUCUUACAAGUUCAAGAAAAAGUGAACAGAAGGAAAAUAUAUUCACAGUGUGGAGGAAAUCCACCCCAACGAAGUCUGCAGAGCCGUGCAUACCCGUGAUGAAGUGGAAAGGCGGCACCCCGGACGCGGGCCACGUCACGCCUAUCAAACACACCGCUGAGGCCGAGCCCUGGUCGCCCACGGCCAACCUGAAGAUGCUGAUCAACGCCGCCAGUCCCGACAUCCGAAACCGCGAGAUGAGGAAAUUCCUCUUUAGGCCGAUCGAGAACGAAUCGGAAAGUACGGCUAUUGCCAAAGACGAUAGCGGGGCAGCUGAAGUCCAGUUUGAAGCGGUGGAAGAGGAUGACGAUGCAGAGAAGAAACCGAGCAGGAAGCAGAAGAGCUUGGGUCUUCUUUGCCAAAAAUUCCUGGCUCUCUACCCGGAUUAUCCACCUCCUGACAAACCAAUCUCAAUCUCCCUGGAUGAGAUAGCGACCAGUUUAGGGGUGGAGCGGCGGCGCAUCUACGACAUCGUCAACGUGCUGGAGUCCCUCAUGAUCGUGGGCCGCAUGGCUAAGAACAGCUACACGUGGCACGGCCGCCUGCGCCUGGAGGCCACGCUGCAGGAGCUGCAGCGUCAGGGCCGCCAGCAGGGCUACCAUCGGCACAUGGAGCUUGCCACCAGGGAGCCUGAGCGGAGCCAGGAGGGUGGCGGCGGGGAGGACGACAACGGCCACGCAUCUGUAAACAGGAAAGACAAAUCCCUGCGUAUCAUGAGCCAGAAAUUCGUCAGCCUCUUCCUAGUGUCCAAGACGCAGACGGUCACGUUGGAAGCAGCGGCGAAGGUUCUCAUCGAGGAAAGUCAGGACUUGUCCAGUCACGGCAAGUACAAAACCAAGGUACGACGUCUCUAUGAUAUCGCUAACGUGCUAACCAGCCUGGGCCUCAUAAAGAAAGUACACGUGCGAGAGGAGCGAGGCAGGAAGCCGGCUUUUCGGUGGCUGGGACCGGUGGAUUUUAACAAAUCUGCAGAUGCUGUUGUGGCUGUCGCCCCACCUGAAGCUCAGGACCUCAGGAAAGCUAAACUGGCACACCACGCCUCUUUUCACCUCACCCCGACGUGUGUGGCCGUCCAGCGGCAGAUCCGCUCGGCGCCAAGUAGCCCGCGUGGGGACAUCAACGCGUUUACACCUCAGCCGCUGGAUUAUUCCAGAAAGGCGGGAGCCGGCGAGGCCAUCUGCAGACUGCAAUUUGGAAACCACAAUGUAAACCCGGCUCCUCCAAUCCCGCAGCCCACACUGCUGGUUCCCGCCCUACACUCAGAGCCGCUUUUUACGCUGUCCUCGUCCGCCCACUGCCUGGCUUAUCUACCCAGCCUAUCCCAGGCCUCUAUGGUCAUGCUGUACAACCAGCCCGAGGUGAUGAGCAAGGCCGUUGGUGCUCUGGAGGCCCCCGGGUCUCCAAGGGAGGAAUCGACCGAGCCGAGGAAGAGACGGAGGGAAUCCGCGGAGGAAGAGGAGGAAGCGCCAUUCAAGAAAAGCCCGUCUGGAGUUGAGCGAGCCGAAGAGAUAGAGCAAAGAAAGAUGUCAGAAGCAUCAGAUGAGAGCGUCACUGGCACCCAGGCGUCACACUACCUCUAUGUCCCAAACAAUACAGGUCUGAAAAGCCUCAACUUCCUGCUCCCCUCCGGGCAGCCCUCGACCCAUCUCCCCACAAGCACCGUUCCCCCGCUGGCGCUGCCCUACGUACUGGUGCCGUCUGCCGCCCUCUCCCACUACCCCCUGCAGGGCACCGACGCUCAAGUGGGCUUCAACCUGCCCGCGCGCUUUAUGGUGGCGGCCGCGCCGUACGGCCUGCCGCCUGAGCUUGGCCAGGUGUCACCUAUUCCGUCACCUACCACGCCAGAACAGGGCGGGCGGGGUGCCACCGGCGUGCCGCUUCCUCCAACUGCACCGCAACCACUGACUCCGCACACGCCAAAGGAAAUCCCAGUGCCCGCCUCAAAGUCUUUCUUCCAGACUCCAGGCACUGUGGAGGGUGUGACCGCGGCGCACACAGCCCGAAAGCGAGGCUCUGCGCAGAGGAGGCUGGAUGUCAGCCACGCAUCCCCUUGUUAGAUGUCAAACGCUAACAGUGACCUUGAAAGCCUUUACCGGUGCUAUUUAAAGUUAGGGAAUUAAAUUACAUUGAACAAUGAAUUUAUUACGUGUUAAAAAAAAAAAAAUUGGGAAGCCAUGUUGUUUGUGUGAAACGGCGCCAUCCUGUGGUAGCUUUUGCCACUACAUGAUUUAAAGCCUUAAUUUUCCUCUUCCAAAUUUCAAUCAAGCUACCUUCUCCUCUCAUCACAAAUGCUUCAUCAUUCCUAUUUAUGUUUUUUAGCUAAUAUAUAUUGAUUACAGGGACUUUAAGAGAAUACUUGAAGCACUAAGUGGAUGUUUCUUCAUUUGGACACACGUUAUGAGAAGGAAUCUGUGAUUGGCGUAUUUUAUUUGAUACACUACUACGAAGGUUAGGGAUGGGAAAAAAAAGCCUGUGUGGCUGUGUGUGUUCUGUGUAUCAGCUACCAUAAUGUUUCAUAGUGAAGCAUGACUUGACGAUGCAUUCAGGUACUUGAAUUCUUUUGACUUUUACCAUAGGGGUAUUUACAUAACUGUAAAGUACAGUUUCAUGAUGUUUGAGGUGAUGCGUGGUUUUAUUUUCGGGGAAUGCAAACAACAUGCAUGGACUGAUGCAUUUGUGACAUAAGUGCCUAUAUAUAUAUGUUUUUCAGUUGUCUUGGCACAUUUUUCUUCAGGUUGUUGAUGAGUUACCAUGGUAACCUCUUUCCCAAAAUAACGGUGCUAUGUACUGAUUUACCAACCCACUGUGAACCAUUAAGGAGGCCAUACCAAAGCGUGCACGGACAACCAUCAUACGUGUUCAUCCAUGUACAGUUAUUGUUGUGUAAAUUGUAUCAUUUUAUACUUUUGCGUUGUUGUAUGUUUGUUCUACUGUUUUAUUGCACUGUUAGUUUCAAGUAUGAGCUCUUCAAAACUGGCCUUAGUACCAACUGACUGUAGCUGUGGGCCAUAGCCUUUCCUACAAUGACUGUCACAUACUUUAAUAAAAGUAAUAUUUCUGU